CAGAUAACAAAACAAAACUUUAAACUACCAGUUGACUCGUAAUUCGUAAAUUUUGUUGUUAAUUGUUUGACUUUGCAGUUCUUAGUAUUAAAAGACUUUAUAGAAGAUGAUUUGUUAAAUUAUAUUAAAGAUCUUUGUUCAAAAUUAGAGGUUUCGGAGCCCUUGUAGAGAGGUCAUUUUCAGAAUGUUACAGUCGCUGUUCCAUUGGCACGACAUGAUAUUGUGAUAUAAAAUUAAUACUUCAAUCUAUAAAGGAAAUAAUGGAAAAAUGUUUUGCUGAAGGUGCAGCAUCGGUUAAAUUGGGUGCAUUGUCAAAAACUGAAGAAGAAUGGUUUCUAGAGUUCACAAAGAAUGCAGGACUCUCAUCAAUAUUUGAGCAUCAGCGCUUGCCAGUAUUUUUUUCUCCUCAUGUUACUGAAGACGUCAAUGCGUUCAAAGCACGUCUAAGGGCAGAUGCUAGAGGUCGGUUUUUGAACAGGGAACUUUCAAAAUUGCUGACCAGUGACGAACUUAAGUACAUGUGGACGCUUUUGCAAGACUAUCAUACGCCACCACCCGUCCACAGUUGUGGUGAUAGCGAAAAUCUUUAUAUCAACUAUAGGAAUUUUGUCAAAGUCAAGCAGAAACUCAGUGACAAAUACGAGAUGUUUGUCAAGCCGAGCGUAUUCCUGCAACUCCAAGACAAUGGCAAAAACAAAGGAUAUUUGUCUAUAGACACACUAUUUAACUACCUUAUGAAAAAAAUUUGGGUUGACCAGACUAGGAAUACUUUAUCGCAGUACGACUUGACUGGGCUUGGUCAUCUCACUGAAACGGAUUUUGAAGCUUAUAUUUUGGAUCUCAUACCUUCACUCACCCAACUUAAAAAAUUAGAGAAAACAUUCUACGCUUUUUACUCGUGUAUGGCUGUAAGAAAGUUUUUCUUCUACUUGGAUCCACUGCGGACCGGUAAGAUACGAAUUGUCGACAUCCUGUCCUGCGGUUUCCUUGACGAUCUAUUAGAGCUGCGUGAAGAGACCUGGUGUAAGGAGUCACAAAAGAAAAAUUGGUUUUCUGUACCGUCAGCACUGCGCAUAUAUUCCAUGUAUUUGGAAUUAGAUAAAGAUCAAAAUGGUCUGCUGAGUCGCGAGGAACUAGCCAGUUAUAAGUCAGGUUCUCUGACAUCUGCAUUUUUGGACCGCGUGUUUCAAGUGGCAUUCACAUUUGAUGGCCAAAUGGACUACAAAGGGUAUUUAAAUUUUGUUUUAGCUACAGAAAACAGACAAGAACCUGCAGCAUUGCGGUAUCUAUUCAAGUUCCUUGACAUAAAAGAUCAAGGGUACCUUGACUCAUUCACAAUUAAUUAUUUUUCUCGGGCAGUUGCUGAUCGCCUGCCUCCACCGCAACUGGCUGAUAGUGAUCAACAACCAUCCUCUGUAUCAUUGGAUGACAUCAAAGACGAAAUAUUUGACAUGAUCAAACCAAAACAUCCCGAAAGGAUAACUCUUAAAGAUAUAGUGCACAGUGGUAUGGGUCGCACAUUAAUCAACAUACUGAUUGAUGUCAAUGGCUUUUGGUCGUAUGAGUUCAGGGAAACAAUUGCUGCCAACCGUUUCAAUGAUGCUAAUGACAAUGAAUAAUUAAUUAAAAAUAAAAUAAACUCGGACUGACAUAUAUUUAUAGUAUUAUUUUAUUGACUAUGAAAUUACAUUUGCUUCGUUUUAUACUUGUUAAAACUAUAAAAAAAAAAAAAUUAAAAUGUUAAAUCACUAA